UCUUUUUUCUUAUUUUUAACCUGUACUUUGAAGACUUUGGUGACAUGCUGACACAAAAGGAAACAGAAUUUGGUGCCAUCUGAUCAAUUGAUUGCUGCUGGAUUGGAGGAUAUGUAACAUUAGAGGGAUCUUUUUUUUUCCUCGAACAUUAGAGGGAUCUUUCGAAGGUACUGAUGGUAUUUUAAAGCUCACUAGAGUUUUGAACCUGCCAUUGCUACUCCACUGCAAAAACAGCAAAACUAUAUUGGAAUCUUAAUGCAACAAAAAGCUUUCCCGCAACCGCAAGUGACUGUAUAUGGAAUCACACAAGAGUGCAGGUGAUGUUUAUCGAGUGGCGUGCUAAUGCAUGCAAGUUUCUGAGCCUGCAUUGAAGAAAGAAAAUCCAUUGGGAAUGGAUGGAACAGCGCCUGAAGAGUACGAUUCACAGUCUAAGUUAUUGCAAGAAUUUAUCUGUGUCCCAAGCAUUGACAGUGCUUGGUUUUUCAAAACCAACAAUGGGGAAAGAUCCACAGCAAUGUUUUCAGUUAGCCAACCAGACCUUCUGGCUAACAACAAUAGAAAGCACAUUUUGUAUUCACAUAUUAUGAGACAUGCAACUAACUCUCUGGAGUGUUAUUGGUCUCCUUUCCCUAUUGAAAUGACCGGAGUAUCACUUGUUGUUCCAUCCAAUUUGGGAUCGAAGCUUCUCGUGGUGAGGAAUGGAGAGAAAGGUUCCCCUACAAAGCUUCAGAUUGUUGAUCAAUCACAUGUGGAGAAAGAGAUACAUGUAGAUCAAUCUAUCCAUGGUCCACUUUUUACCGAUGAGUGGUUUCAUGGGGUUUCCUGGAACCAAGAAGAAACCUUCAUAGCAUACAUUGCUGAAGAGCCACCUCAACCAAAACCAGCUUUCAAUGAUGCCGGAUAUAGGAAGGAGGGUUCCUCCGAGAAAGACUGUAAUACGUGGAGAGGACAGGGGGGUUGGGAAGAGGACUGGGGUGAAACUUACUGCAAAAGGGGGAGGCCCUCAUUGUUUGUUCUUGAUAUUGCUAGUGGACAACUACGAGCUGCUAAAGGCAUUGCAAAAUCUUUGAGUGUUGGUCAAGUUGUUUGGGCUCCACCGUCUUCAAAUGGCUACCAAAAGAAUUUGGUUUUUGUUGGAUGGUUAGAGCACAACGGGUUUCACAACACUGCUAGAAAACUCGGUAUCAAGUACUGUUCUAACAGGCCAUGUUCUCUCUAUGCAAUUACCUGCCCUUUCCAAGAACCAAAUGCUGAUAAUGCGUCGGUUAGUGGUGGUAAAUCGGACUGUUCUUCAAUAGCUACAAACUUAACCCCAAGCAUAAGCAGUGCUUUCUUUCCACGGUUCAGCAAGGAUGGAAAUCUCCUGGUGUUUCUAUCGGCAAAACGUGCAGUUGAUAGUGGAGCACAUAACGCGACAGAUUCACUGCAUAAAAUCAAAUGGCCUGUUGAUUGGAAUAUGGAUGAACACCUCGGUGUCAUGGAUGUGGUUCCUGCUGUAAUGUGCCCUCUUGAUGGCUGCUUUCCGGGCCUGUACUGCUCAUCCAUGCUAUCCGAUCCUUGGCUCUCUGAUCAACGUACAAUGAUAUUAGCAUCUGCUUGGAGAAGUACUCAAGUGAUACUAUCGAUAGAUGUUUUAAGUGGGGAAGUUACAAGAAUAAGUCCAGAAGGCUCAGAUUACUCAUGGACUGCCCUUGCAGUAAAUGGCAACAAUGUCCUCUCAGUGUCAAGUAGUCCCAUCGACCCUCCUCAACUUAGUUAUGGCCGUCAAGCGGCCACAGAGGAUCAAAUAUGCGGAUGGGUUUGGGACGAAGUUCCUAGUCCGUUGAUGGCAGCAAGUAAUAAGGUAAAGGCUUUGUUAUCGCGCCACAAGUUCGGUAUACUGAAAAUUCCAGUCACUCAACCCUCUGACGAACUCUCUGACGGUGGUCAGCUUCCAUUUGAGGCUAUCUUUGUGUCCUGCGAGGAUAGUUGGCAGAAACCAACUGCGCUGGUCCUUCAUGGUGGCCCACACUCGACGUCUGUAUCAGGCUAUUCAAAAUCGUCGGCGUUUCUCACUUCACUUGGAUUUAACCUGCUUAUUGUAAAUUAUCGAGGUACGCCGGGUUUUGGGGAGGAGGCUUUGCAAUCACUUCCUGGAAAAGUUGGAUCUCAGGAUGUCCAAGAUUGUCUUACCGCGCUGGAUUUCGUAAUCAAGGAAGGACUGAUCGAUGCAUCUAAAGUAGCGGUUGUCGGGAUUUCGCAUGGUGGAUUCUUGGCAACCCACUUAAUCGGUCAGGCUCCAGAUAGAUUUGCCGUGGCGGCAGCUCGAAACCCUGUAUGCAACCUGUCCCUGAUGAUUGGCACCACUGACAUCCCAGACUGGUGCUACGCAGUGGCCUGUGGAAGCGAAGCGAAAAUCGAUGCCUCUGAAACCCCUUCACUUGACCAUCUUCGUCUCUUUUAUCAGAAAUCACCAGUUGCCCAUAUUUCAAAAGUGAAAGUGCCGUUGCUUAUGCUUCUUGGAGGAGCAGAUCUUCGAGUACCCAUUUCCAAUGGCCUACAGUACGCAAGAGCUCUGAGGGAACGAGGAGGCGAGAUCAAAAUCAUGUUGUUCUCAGAGGACAUACAUGAAAUCAAUAUACCACAAUCAGAUUUUGAGAGCUUUCUCAACAUUGGAGUCUGGUUCAAAAAGCAUCUGAAAUAGAUCAGAGGCGGCUACCAGGCGUUCAUUUGUCCAUGGAGAUCUUCAAAGUUAUUAUAGAUGAAUUGCUAUCAUGUGGAGACUUGAAAGCAUUGAGAACAAGUGUUCAUAAAUAAUGAGCCUGAACAGAGGCAUAAGUUAAACUUGUAUCAAGUUAUGAUCAUGAGAAUAAUACAUUGCUGAUGGCAUAACCACAGCAUGUCAGCAACUAUCACACUUUACAACAAGUAA